AAUAAGGAUUUGAAAAUGACGCUUUAUUGAUCUAAGAUCUCAUUGGCUCUGAAACUCUUGUCUCUCGCAGUCAUUGACCAAUGACACACUCCGUGUAGUACACUCACUCAUGAAGAUGGCUGCGUUGCCCUCUCCUACGCAGGUCGCCGGCAGUCAUAAUUCCAUAUACGAGUCAUAUUACCAACUGGUUGAUCCAAAUAACCAAGGUAGCGUUGGUGCUUUAGACGCUGCUAAAUUCUUAAAGAAAUCAGGACUUUCAGAUGGUGUUCUUAGUAAGAUCUGGGAUUUAUCUGAUCCAAAUGGUAAAGGAUACCUCAACAAGUCUGGGUUCUUUGUGGCGUUGAAGCUGGUGUCACUGGCGCAGAUGGGACGAGAUACCAACAUAGCCAACAUUCUUAUGGAUGUCCCUCCUCCCAAGAUGGCUGAUGUGCCAGCGGUCAUUCACAACAAUGUGAUUAACUCAGUGCCUGCGACUCUGAGUGACUGGGCCAUCAAACCUCAGGAGAGAGCCAAGUAUGACCAGCUGUUCGACUCUCUACAACCUCUCAAUGGUGUUAUACCAGGGAAUAAGGUGAAAGGUCUCUUGAUAGAUUCCAAAUUACCAAUUGAUACGUUAGGAAAAAUUUGGGAUCUCGCUGACAUGGACAAAGAUGGAAGCCUGGAUAGGCAUGAGUUUGUUGUGGCAAUGCAUUUGGUGUACAAAGCCUUGGAGAAAUAUGCAAUUCCGAACAGUGUUCCUCCAGAACUUCUGCCCCCAGGGAAGAGGAAAGACCCUCUCCCUCCAGCCCCUGUCCGUGCUGCCCCGGCCCCCAUCAUUCCAAUAGCUCCUGUUAUUAAACCUGAGCCAGUUAAGCCGCCUGUGCCACCACUGCCACAAACGCCGUGGGUUGUGACAGCCGAGGAGAGAGCUAGGUAUGAUGUGCUGUUCCACCAGACAGAUGUGGACAAGGAUGGCUUUGUGUCCGGACAUGAGAUCAGAGAUGUAUUCCUGCAGUCCGGAGUACCUCAGGGAGUUUUGGCACAAAUAUGGGGCCUAUGUGACAUGAAGCAGACAGGAAAGCUGAAUGGAGAGCAGUUUGCACUGGCCAUGUGGCUGAUCAACCAGAAGCUAAAGGGGAAAGAGCCCCCACCUGCCCUCACCCCCGAGAUGAUACCACCCAGCGUUCGGAGUAAGGGCCCCGAGACAGUGGAAAACAACAACACAACGCCAUAUUCCAACCCUGAGCUAGAUAUGAUCAGCAAAGACAUUGAGGAGUUGGUACGUGAGAAGUUAACUCUAGAAAACGAAAUCAUACAAAAAGAAGCUGAUAUUAAGAUAAAAAAUGGAGAAGUUAAAAGUUUACAGGGUGAACUAGAUACUUUGGCUGCUACACUGAAACAGUUGGAAACACAAAAAGGAGAGGCUCAAAAAAGGCUGAACGAUUUAAAAAAUCAGACAGCCUUGGUUGAGUCUGAACUCAGUGAUGUCAAGAUGGAGUUGGAAGCUGAGCAAGCACAGGUUGACAAUUUAAGGAGGCAGGCGGAGGAGCAAGAGAGUAAUUUAAAAUCUCAAGAAGAAGAGUUGACGAACAAAAAACAAGAACUGGAGGGGCUAAGACAAGAAGAGACGAGAUUAGAACAACAACAAGAGGAGUUUCGCCAAAAACUGGACACACUUAGUCAAAAUCUUCAAGAAUCCCAACUACAAAUCAGUCAGGUGAAGGCCAGCAUUACACAGUUAGAGGAGCAUCAGAGACAGAUGAAGGACGCAAUAGCCUUAGCAGAGAGUGCAGCCUCUAGUGGGGAUGCUUCGUCAGUGCCUGACACCUGCCUUAAUCUGCAGCCUGAGUUUCGAGACCCUGCCUACUCGAGACUUGUGGCAGAUCAGUUACAAGAAUCAGACAAAGAGCCAUACACAAAUGGUCCUACAGAUAGUGGUGGGGACAAUUUCAUGAACAAUAACGCAUUCGGUAAUGAUCCGUUUUCAAAUCCUACCUCUAAACCACAAGAUCCUUUUGCAGCCAACGACAGUUUUGUAGCGGAUUUCGGUUCAAAGCCUGUGGAUUCUUUUACAUCAGAUCCUUUUGCUAACGCGUUUGGCUCAAGUAUAUCAGGCAGUGGCAGUAAAGCAGAUCCUUUUGAUCCUUUUGGUGAUGGAAGCCGGAACAGGCCUAAAACACCCCCGGAAGAAAACACAGAUAAAGAUCCAUUUGGUUGCGAUCCCUUUGCCAUCUUACAUGCCCCCACAGCUGCGUCUGGACCUCCUCCACGGCCAGAGUCUCCCAGUCCUGCCCUCCCACCCAAGAAGAGCAAGCAGCCUCCACCUCGGCCAGCUCCACCACGUCCCUUGCAGCCCCCUACCCCUAGCCCCACCCCGGCUGACACCUCUGACCCUUUUGCUGCCAACAGUGGGUUUGCUGACUUCUCUAACUUCAACAGCAAGUGCUGCCACUCCUCCCCUGUGCCCGUCCCAGGUUGUGUUGUCAGCAUUACUCAGUCAGGCGACAGCACACAGCUUGUGCUUGCCUUCCCUAGACACUCAUGGGCUUGCUUACUCGCCCAGUUUUCUGACACUACAGGAAGCGCUGCAGUGCCCCCGCCUGUGCCCCGGCUGGACUUCACAGAGGAUCCAUUUCGAGACUAUCGUUACGAGGACCCAUUCAACAUCGUGGAUCCGUUUGAUGAUGUAGACAACAGUUCUCCUGUCCCUACUCAUUCUUCCACCCAGUUGGACCCAUUUGGUAUGGAGAUACCUCCGGUCAGCGGGAACAAGACUCCUGUCCGUCCUACUCAACUGGACCCCUUCGGCAUGGAGGUGCCCUCGCCCGGAGGUGACAAGGUACCUGUAAAUGGAAAGAUAACUCCGAUUGUCGGUAAGGGUGCAAUAAAUGGUAAAAAACACCCCCUCACCACUCCCCUCUGAGGACCAACAAUUGGCAUGGGCUGCCGCGGAAAGUCUGAGGCUCGAGGAAGAAAGGCGCAGGCAAGCGGAGAGAGAGAAGGCUGACCUGGAACUAGCCCUGGCUCUUAGCAAAAAAGAGAAGAAGCGCAGUAAGCCAUUCUCAAAGAUCCUCUCCAAGUCCUAGCUGUGUUUAGUAUUGACAGGUGUAAUCAAACGUUAUUUAUUGCUAUUAUAUAUCCCUUGGUGACCUGUUUAGCUUGUUCAUUUGGCUCGUUGUCUUGUUUAGCUUUACAUACUCUUUUAGUCUUCCUCUAGUAAAUGGAGAUCAGUAGUAAUCUACUGUGUAUGCAAUGAAUAAUUUAGAUUAAUUCUUAUUUAAAUUUUUUUUUUUUUUUUUUGAAUUUAGGCCAAGUAGAUGGAGUAUCAGUGUUAAACUUUUAAAGAAUGCAACUUUUCAAUUGUUACGAAAAUGUUUCAAGUAGCUACAAGUGGUUUUUUAUAAGAAAAUCCAAUUUUUUAAACUUUGGAAAAUGCACUUACGAAUGAAGUAAGUUAUGGAAGUAAGAUAAUAAUAAAAUAGAUCAUUGAGAGUAUAAGAUAUUUUAAAGAAACUAUUAAAUAAUUGGCUCUCUUAGUGUAGUUGGCACACAAAUAUUUUUUUCCUUUUUACAAUUAAGUAACUGCUAAGAUAUAAACGAAGCUUGACCGUAAUGAGCUAAGGGGUUUUCUUUCGAAAUGGUAACUAAAAUAAUUUCUAGAAACUUACGUUGGAAAUGAACUAUUUUCACAUAAUUUCCAAACAAAGCUGCUUCAUUAUCUGGCCCACCACAUUUUUCUGAUUUUCUGUGGAUUUGGAAUCGGAAUUUCUGAACAAAUCAGAGUUGAUUACUCCCUUAACUAGAAUUUUAACAGUUAUGUUUUUUGCAUUUAUAGAAUUUCAAAUUUGAUCUCAUGAUUUGAUCAUUGCUUCAAGUCAGACGCAGUAUCUAUGAUCAGUCUUGAAUGUCUUAAUGUUGACAAAAGUCCAACUCUUUUGAAAAUAUGCCAAGUAAGUGGCUAGCAAAUCUGCUUGACUUACUAGUUUGUACAUUUUAUGUGCUUGAACAAAGGUUUUGUUACCACUAAACAAAAGACUAAUGACAAAUUUGUACUUUAGCCAAUCCGUGAAGAUUAUCUGAGAUGUGUGGCUCAAAUAGAAUUGACUUACAUCAACAAACUUAUAAAUGGAAGAAUUUUUUAUAGAAAACCUAAAUUUAAUUGUGAAAGUUAUUAAAGUCCAUCUUAGCAUUUGGAGGCUGAAAUACAGUCAUGCCAAUUUUGAGUGUAAUAUUUCUUUCUUCGCUUGUGUGUCACUGCUUAUAUUGAGAGUCAAAUAAUAUUAUUCUCCUUGUGUUCAUUACGACAAUGAGUUUUGUAACCGUUAGGCUUGACAAGUGAAUAUUUAUUUGUUUGCACAUUCACGUCUGCCUUCACGACAAUACUGCUUUCCUCUUCUCUAAUGUUCAUAUCAUGUUAUGUAAAUAUUGUUACUAGGAACGUUAGUUAGACAUGUAUAUAAAAAUAAUGUUUCAGAUGUUUUUCUAUGUUUGCCUCGUUUGCUUGCGAUGUGAUGUUUGUAGUUUGAAGUUUUUUUGACACUUUGCCCUAGCCACGAUAUAAUAGACUUGCAGUGUUGAAGUGUGGAACAGAUGUUUCGGUGAGAACCCGGGUCGCUUGGACAGUGUUACAGUUUUGUGUUGUUUCUUGAGGGAACGAUAAGGCAGAUUUCACUUAAGACUUACAACGAUAAAUUUGUUUUCUUUUUUUAUAAAUUUCCCAUUAUAUCUAGAAUAUUCUUCAAGAAAAAAAGGUUGAAGUUGUAUAUAAGUUACUUUAUUCUUUAUCCCAGUCAGUAGACAGUUUCCAGUUGAAUUUUUAAACAGUGUUUUAAGUAAUUAACAUAGAUUUGUUUACGAGAUAAACAUAUAUUUUCAACCAAAACAUUAAUAUCACAAGGUUGAAGAUAGUUGAGAUUUACUACCUGCAUUUGAUUAAAAUUAUGGUCAAAUUUUAUGUACCCACAUGUCAUAAACAAUGUUGUAUGGUGUAUUUUAUACCUGAAAUGAAUUAUAUUUUACAAAGCUACAUAAGUGACUACAAAUAUUAGUUUCUAUGUCUUACGCUACUUUUAAAACAAUUAUCAGUGGUGCUGGGCCACCCUUCCACUGUCAAUGAAUAAGAAAAUCCUUUUAAAUAUUACCAAUAAAGAAUAAACAAACAUGUUUUAAUAUAUAAAUUUAUGAUUGGUAAAAUGUAGAGGGAUAUUUUAAGCCAUCAGGAGCAAUACAGCUCGCAUUGUAGAGAGGUCUAGCACCAUUUUGUUUGUUAGCCUGUGGUUUGGAGCUAAGGUUGAGGGUAUAUGUCAUUUCCCUGUCAUGAAACUUGUAUUCCACUAAAAUCAGCAAAGCAAUACACUAAACAAUAAAGCUUAUGGUUUGAAAUGUAUGUUAAAACAACUGUUUUAUUAUAAGAAACAACUUACAGAUUUGUGGGCUAAUAAUACAAUUUGACCAUACAAGUUUGUACAAAAAUAACCAUUUUAUCAUUUGUGAUAGACAUUCAACUUUAUUUUGUCAUGUAAAAAUUAAAUCAUAAAAUUAUAGUAUCUGUAUAAUAUUUGUAAUUGCCAUAUUUUAAAGAAAGAAAAUAAAUAAGUUUUAAAUGAAUUAACGAAGCACAUGAAGCACAUUUAUAACGGUACUAAAACCUAAUCCCGUUUUUGUUUUCCUAUCCAAUUUACUUAGUGUAGAAGGGAACUGUUUAGAACUAACAGUUUGGUGGGAGAGAACAAAAAAUUCCACCCUCCUUCUCCAUUUUCAUGGCGUGUUUCACUCAGUUACAGAAACAAAUAUUCUCUUUAUAUUUGAAUUAUCAUACACAUUAUAUAUUAUUUAUAUAUUUUCAUUUCCUGGCUGACAGUUGUUUACAUAGUCCUUAUAAUAAAGGCCUACCACAGUUACUUAUACUAUGUAGUCAAUAUGAAGAGUUUUUUGGGACGUUUUGACUUCCUAGAUUUGCUCUUGAAGUUCCAUUUGUCAUAAAGUAGUUCAUGACAUUUCUUACUCGUAGCUUUUAGUAACAUUUCUCAAUUUUGUUUGUGGAACUGAAUAUAUUUGUUUUACUAUAAAUUAAAUAUUUCUGAAUAGUUACUUGAAAUGUAAAAUAUUUUUUAAAGGUUAGGUUUUGAUAACUAUUUUAAUGUGAAAGUGUUCUAAUUAAGCAAUUUUGAACAUGAAUUUUGACUAAUCCACACUGGAGUGUAUAAUUCAAAACCAGAUCCCCAUCCUCAAUUCAUUAUUAUUGGGUGUAAUGUGUUUUACUUGAUGGUUAAAGUUGUAUACAAAUUUAUUAAACUACAAUCAAUAAAUUAUUCAUAAAACUCAUUCACUGACGAGCAGCUUGGUCAUUGUUAAAUCAAGGUGCUAUGGUUUUUGGUAAUUGACAAGUAAAUAUACUACUUUUAAAAAUUAUUUUGUUGUUACAGAAAAUUAAUAGAUUAAUAUUUUGUGGCAAUAUACAUGUAUAUACUAUCUUGUGAUAUAUAAAUACUGAGAGAAAUUCAACUGAAAUGCUAUAAUGGUCAAAGAAAUUAUGCGAAAUUAAAAAUAUUAAAGCCUACUUUUGUAAAUUGUACAUGGAACAAAAAUAAAUGUAUUUAUGAUAGAACCCUGGGUUUUCUAGCCAUUGAUUUUUAUAAAAACAAAAAUCACACGAUUUAAAAUUAAUUUUAAGGGAAUUCGAUACUCCAAGAAAAAAAGCUUUUUGUUUAUAACAUUAAAACGUUUUAAAUAUUUUUUUACUGACUCUAGGUACUUAACCAAACAGAAAAGAUGAUUUUAAAUUUUUCAAAAUUGUUUUAUUAUAUAAAUGUUUUUUUUAUUAAUUAUGUAUUUUUUUAAAUUGAUUUUUUUUUUAAUCUACUCGGCCAAUUCUUUUGUUCUAUGUCUCAAAUGAAGAUACUGAAAUCCUUUAAAAAAUAGUAUAUUUUUAUAUAUAUUAGAUGUAUAGCGAAAAAAAAUUGCUUACAAAAUAGUUGAAAAUCCUCAACUUCUAUUUAUAUAAUAAUUUAUAUAAACAAAUCUAAUGAACCAAAUUAUAUAUAUGAUAAUCCUCAAAAGGUUUCAUCAUCUUAGCUCUUACAGUUUUCCUAGGAUAUCCAGUUAUGUGUCUAAACACAUAGAAAAAACUAAUUUGCAGAUAGUCACAACUGAAGUUUGGCAAGAGAUUUAGCGUAUUGUUUCUUGAUUUGGAUUAUAUUAGGUUGCAGUAAGGUAAUUACUUUCAUAGUUCAUAUAAUUGGGGAUUACAAAGUUUUGCGUGUUCUCAUUAUUAUGUUUUUGUUGUGAUGGUAACAUCUAUAGGCAUACGCAUUUCGUUUGGACGUAACAAGUAGUAGAUAGGGACAUAGUGGCCUCCUUCUAGCUUAUAUUGCUUCCAUUCGGGAGGCAGAAAGCAAGAACUGGUAGUCGUGUAAUUUUCAAAGUAAGUCAAAUAAAGUCUGUUCUUUCUAAUAAUACAGUGCUUUUAGUUCCUAGGUAUGAAAAGCUCUUCAAAAAAUAGUGGCCACUGAAUAAUACCAAUGAACCACAAAAACACAAAUGUGAAAGUAGAUUUAGUAACUCAUAGACGUUUAGCAUGAAAGCAGAGGUUCCAAAGACCACUAAACAACAAAUUUAAGAAAUGCUAUAUGAAACGAUAGACACAGGCUGACUUACUUAUUGUGAAGUGUGAAGCAACAGCACUUAGCAAUUGCAAAGUCCAAGUUUGCAGGGCUUUGAGUAAUUACAAUUUUUAGGCCCAAGCACACCCCUAUACUGUAAAGAGUUGUGUUAUUUUUUUUUCAGAAUGAACUUUUUAGUUGUUUUGGAAUAUCGAAUUUCUUUAUGACUAAAAAAUUGUCAUAUGUAGCUAUGUCAAAACUCUCUUAUAUAUGCUGAAAACUACAUAAUGACUACAUUUUCUAACAAAGAUUUUUACAGUAGAAUCGUACAGUACCAGUGCAAAUAUGUCUUAAUUAGCAGUGAAUUUGUUGACUGAAUGAUGAAUAAUCUUAACAGUAUAAUUUUUGUUCGGUAAAUGAGGCUAUCAGUUAAUGUGUUUAAAAAAUUAUGGUACUAACUAGUGUUACCAAUAUAUCAGAGAGGAAGAGUAAUAAACAGUAGCUUGAUCCUAUGUUAUAUUCUGCUUGUGUUUUUAUGUAGAAGUUGUCGGCAUUGCCAGUUGUUAUGAUAAAAUAUCACAACACUAGGUGUUUAUUUAAAUUUUCCAUACCUCUGAAGCGUUUUGUAAUCCAAAGAUCUUUGUUAGUGUACAAAAUAUGUUUGUAUAUAUUUGUUUUGUACAAUGUUGUAUAUUAAACGACAUCGUUAUGCUGUUAAUGCGGUUAGUUUAAACUAAUUGUUUGUAUAUUCUGAAAUUAUGAUUAUACAGUUCCAUAACUAGCUCAAUGUAGAAUUAGAAAUUUGUUUAUAUGAAUAUCAAGAUAUAUUUUUUUAUUUAAAAAAAUCUUUGUAUUUAUUUCUUACGAAGCUGCUUCAGAUAAUUAUGCUUUAGUAGAGACUGUCAUUUUGGGAAAUCUAUAAUUUUUUAUUUAUUUAAAAAUAAAAUGAGGUUUUAUUCAAAUAUGAACAUAAGGAUAAUUGAAAUUUAAUGUUUUUUGGGCUUUAAACAGUUUGAUGACUACCUUGAAAAUUGUAAAAACGAACAGUAUUUUAAUAAGUUAUAUUAUUACAACAUUAUGAGCACCUUAAGCCAGUAUUACACUAGGAAACAUUUUUGUCAGAGUUUUCUUAUUCUUAAAUAAAAGCUUUUGACAAGAUAUUUAAUAGUGUGAAGGAGUAGUGAAAGUUAAGAGAAUCUGCUUCACUGAGUUUGGCGCCUGGGAUCGCAGCACAAUGUUUGUAGUGCAAUACUGUACUCGACUCUUGUACAUAAUACAGUACAUUAUAUAUAAUGCAAAUAGUUAUAUUGUGCAUAAUUGUAAAUUAUGGAAAUAUAUAUUAUUACUAGAGAUAAGUUUGCUUUUUUAUUUGUGUAUUUUGUUUCCAAAAAUAAAAAUAUAUUCUGAUAUUACAUUCCAGUUUAAGUGUAACAAAUGUGUUAUUUAUUGUAAAACUAGGCGUAGGGCUUUUAAGAAGAUACCAUAGUAUACUUGUGUCAGCAGCAGAGGUGACACCAACAUUUCUAGAUGUAUUGAUUUUAUUUUCUAAUUUACAUAUGUUUAUUUAUUUUUUGUAUAGGUGUUCAAUACAAUAUUAUUUGCUAUGUAAUAACUUGAACGUGUUGCAUAGGUUUAGCAAAUAAUUUAGAAGCACAAAUAAAAGCAAUACGUUCCACAAAUAAAAAUGGAAAUUUGGAAUAUAUCUCAAAUUGUAAUUUUUAAUUUUGUUCCCAUAUGAACUAAUGAACAAUGAGAUAAAUAACUAAAAACAACAUUAUGUAUUGAAAUAAUGUAUGUGUUUCAAUGAAUUGGUUAUAGCUCUAACUUGAAGUCAUGUUAAAAUAAUGUUAUGCAUAUUAUUUUACUUUCACUUACUAUGUUUUAUUUUUUGCUCUAGCACUUAUUUUGUAAGUGAUUUUAAAAUAAAUAUGUCUUAAAGAAAACUACAUGAAACUAUUUCGUAAAACAUUUUUGUGUUUCUUCAAAGUUAUAUUUUUUUAAUAGUGUUAGUAUAAUAAUAUUUAGUCAAUGAUCUUUAUCAAACAUAAUUUUUGUAAUUGUACCUAUUCUUAAUAAUAAUGAUCGGUUGUUUUACAUGAUUGAAACAAAUAUUGUGAGGUUACAAUCUUUCUGUGAUUUGCAUUUACUUAAAAGGUUUGAAAAAACUAAUUGGUACAAUUUAAAGAUUUUUCUUUUGGUUUGUUUGAAUCUUUAUAAGUUACGAUGGACAGUAUUCUUUUAUCCUAAAAAUUUGCUUUGAAAUUUAGACAUUUUUUCUUUAUUAAAGUCUGAAUCAUGUAACAUUGUGCUUUAACAAUUACUGUUAAUUACUUAUGUUCAACAUUGAUAAGCUUUAAUACUCUUUUUAUAAUGUAUGGUUCUUUCCUAUAACCAAUGUUGAGUUAAGUAUGGAUAAAUGUAUACAGUGUUGUCAUGUUGCCGUCGGAGAACCACUGAACUGCCAUGGCAGGUACUGAGUUUAUAAAUGUUACCUUCUUGACACGUUGUAUGUUUUGUCUAAUAUAGUAUUUAUAAUGUUCAAUUUGUUACACACUGACCAUGUAAACGGCUAGAAAUUGUGUAAAUAAAUAAGUAAUGAAGCAAUAUCUGUAGACUAAUGUGCAGAUAUUUGCUCAAUAUGAUUGUGGUUGAA